AUGGUUGCAGCACGCACAACAACAACCACCACGGGCACGCGCGGCCGUCGCCCGCACAAGGCCCGCACCUUCCUCACCUACAGCGUCCCGGGCGGCGCGUCCCGGGCCGCCGAAAGCAUCUCGCUGCGGGCGCUCCGCGUCGCCGCACCGCGGACCCUGACAAGCCCAGCCGUCGACGCCGUCGCGCACACGCCCGAGCUCGUCGCCCAAGUCUUCGCGGUCCUCCGCCACGACGAGGUCCAGCAGGCCAAGCGCGCGACGCGCUGUUGGUUUGAGGUCUCGCGCACCGUACAGACGGCGGCGCGGCUCCUCGUCGCGUCGCCGUCGCGCGUGCGCCUCGAGGCGAGCGACGGGGCCACGACAUCGCAUGGGAUGGCGCGCCGGCCGGCGCACCGCCGCUCCCGGUCCGCGCCGCCGCAGCCGCGCAAAACGAUUGACCCGCGGCACUGGUGCUCGUCGAUGGCGCGCGCGCGGCGUCCCCAGCAUUUUCCUCGCGUCGAUGAUAGACCCUAUCGUCGCGCCGCCCACCAAGGAGACCCGCCGCAGGCCCUCGGCGACUGGGACGCCGCGACGAAGUCGCGCGCCCUCUACGUCGCGAACUGGGAGGGCGACGCCAUCCUCGAGUACGGCGUCGGCCUCGACGACUCCGUGGCCUUCCGCGGCGUCUUCGCUUCGGAUCCAAGACUGCGCCACCCGGAAGGCAUGGUCUUCUGGAAGGGCGCGCUGCGCGUCUGCGCGUCCUACCACUCGACGAUCGUCGCGCUCGGGCCCGACGGCCGCGUCGACGACAAGCGCGCCGUCCGCCUCCGCAGCACGGACUGGUGCUGGGGCCUGGCCGUGGACCCCGCUUCCGAUCGCUUACUCGUGUCGUCGUCGCCGCCCUACGACUUCCAGGCGGACCUGCCCGGCGAGAACCCGCACGUCAACAAAAGGGGCGCCGUCUUGGAAAUUGACGAGGUCCGCGAGGCGUCCAAGUACCGCCACGCCGUGCGCGUCCGCUGCCCCGGGCUCACGCGGCCGGGCGGUUUAGCGGUGGCUCCCCCAAAGCACCCGAAGGCCGGCCAGGUCUUCGUCACGGAGUACGGGAGCGAGGGCCGGUCGGGCCGCGUCCUCGCCUUGUCUGGGGGCGGCUCGUCCGUGUACCUCGACUUCACGGACCUGCCCUGCCACGCGGGCACGCCGCAAGAUUUGGUGAACCCCUGGACGCUCGCCUUCGGGCCCGCCGGCGAUUCUUUGUAUGUUGCGACGGAUCCCAACCACCGCACGGUGCACCGCUUCGACGCCGCGGGCAAGUUGGUCAGGGCGGAGCGCUGCGCCGACGAGGCGCCGAACUACCUGCUGUGCGUCUAG